AAGAAAUAAGCAAACAAAUAUAUAAUAGAGUAUCAGAUAUUGGUGAACAUGAAUAUAUAGAAAGUUUUGAAGAUAGCAUUAACUAUUCAUACAGGGCUAUACUUGGCGAUCAUUUAGAAGAUAUUAAAGAA